AGAAUAUCUUGCUUCUGGAGCGGACGAGUCUUCCAGAAAAUUCCGAUCGCACAUUCCGAACGAGAACUAGAUUCAGAGAGAGGAGACGGAAACAUGUCUUCGUUUCUGCGGUCAUUUCUGGACCCAAAGAAGAACUGGCUCGCAGCUCAGCACAUGAAAACCAUCUCCAAUCGCCUCCGCAGAUACGGACUUCGGUACGACGAUCUGUACGAUCCGUACUACGAUCUGGAUGUGAAGGAGGCCCUGAAUCGGCUGCCCAGGGAGAUAGUGGACGCCCGCAAUCAGCGACUCAAGCGCGCCAUGGACCUCUCCAUGAAGCACAAGUACCUCCCCGAGGGCCUUCAGGCAGUGCAAACACCAUUCAGGAGCUACCUUCAAGAAAUGCUAGCCCUUGUUAAAAGGGAGAAUGCAGAACGUGAGGCCCUGGGAGCUUUGCCUCUCUACCAGCGUACCCUUCCUUAAGCAUCCAAGUCUCUCACAUCACUAUGCUGGGGUGGAAGUCUGAAUGAUAUUAUGUUGGUACCUGUGGUAAAUUUUUUUCAUAGUAGAGAAGGGGAGAUGCAUUAUAUCUCUUUUAGAAUUUGAUUUCCAAAGUCUUGGUAUUUGGAUGGUAUCGCAUGUUGGUUCUCAUGUACUGGCGAACCUCUUUAUUUCAAAUAAUCCAGUAAAACGCUACUUUUAACUUAUUUUGUAAUGUUUUGAAUACUUUAAUUAAAACUUGCUUGAAAUGUAAACUGGGUGCCUUCAAUGAAUUAAAGGAUGCCGAUCCUGAAAAUAAGGAUUCGAAUUUA